UAAAGUCCGAGAAAAGGCGAGAUGAUAGUCCAUGUGUUAUAAAAAGCGUGCAGCCAUUACUAGAGGCCGGUCGAGAGUUUCUUGAUUUUAUAUCAAAAUGGACCCCAAUAAACUAAAAGACAUGGCCGGUAGGCUGUCAAGAGGCGGUGGCAAAGGUGGAAUGUUUGGUAUGGGAGGCUUAAUUGCCGCUGGAGCACUUGCCUAUGGACUUUAUGAAUCGUUUUACACAGUGGAAGGUGGUCACAGGUCUAUUAUAUUCAGCCGUAUAGGUGGUGUACAGAAUGAUAUAUUUACAGAAGGAUUACAUUUUAGGGUGCCCUGGUUCCAGUACCCUAUUAUCUAUGACAUUCGUGCUAAACCCAGACGGCUGUCAUCUCCCACAGGUAGCAAAGAUCUUCAGACUGUGAACAUUACCCUGAGAGUGUUGGCAAGGCCUGAUCCACUGAGGCUCCCAGACAUCUACAGAACUCUUGGCAUGGACUAUGACGAACGUGUGCUGCCAUCUAUUGUAAAUGAGGUUUUAAAAAGUGUUGUCGCCAAGUUCAAUGCCUCGCAGUUAAUCACGCAGCGCGCACAAGUCAGUAUGCUCAUCCGUAAAAAUUUGAUGGACCGGGCGAUAGACUUCAAUAUAAUACUUGAUGACGUGGCUAUCACGGACCUCAGCUUUGGCAGGGACUACACAUCAGCCGUUGAGUCUAAACAGGUUGCUCAACAAGAAGCGCAGAGAGCCAAGUACGUGGUGGAGAGAGCAGAACAAGAGAGACAACAGAAAGUGGUUCAAGCUGAGGGUGAAGCCAAAGCUGCUAAACUGAUUGGAGAUGCAGUGGCCACUAACCCGGGAUAUCUAAAGCUGAGGAAACUGAGGGCCUCCCAGAGCAUUGCCAGGACGAUUGCCCAGUCCAAGAACCACAUUUACUUGAAUGCAGGAACGCUUAUGCUGAAUGUCCAGGACAAAGAUUUUAACCAGAAUUUGGACCAGCUGGCCAAGAAAUAGUCAACAAAAAGUGCAGGAGCAUUAUCACUGUGGCAGCAACUCUUUACAUAAAGAGGUUUUGCUGUUAACAUUUGCAUUGAAAAAGUCUGCAGAACAAUAUUGAUUGUAUUACUUCUGUUUUGUGCCUAUGAAUACUAAAAGAGAAUAAAUGCCAAUAGCGAUUAUUGCACGUUGAAUUAUCACUGUACUUGCCCAGAAAUGGAAGUCUGCGCCAUUUUAACAGAAAGUUCUGCUAAUGUCAUUUUGGUAAAAGUUGCGUAACUUCCAUAGCACUGGCAAUGACCUCAAAGAAAGCAUUUAAUGGACUUUUUAUCAUGGAAAUGAUAAAUCUGUAGAAAAGGGGCUUUUCUGCUAUAUGGGCUUGUAUGGAUAACUGGAGAAAUUAAACAGAUUGAAUAGUUGA